ACACUCUAAUUCCAGGAAAUUUCUACUUCAAUCAAUAAUUUAUUUUCUUGUGUGUUUUUUUUUUGUGUGCAUAUGAUUCAUGUUUACAACCCCUUUACAUAAUAAAUAAACACACAAGAUUCAACGGCCAACAGUACCACCACAACUCAACACAAAAGUCCAUCAAUAAACAACCAAUAACACACCCAAUUUCUUCACAGAAAACAACACUUAAACAAAACCAAAUAAGUAAAGAACACUAUUUUUCAAUCUUAAAAUCUUUGAAUCUUCACCACCUCCCAAUUCCAAUCUGCAUUAAUAACACCUCCGGUGAGUUUUGAAAGUGAAAGUUGUGGCAGUUGGGGCAUAACAUUACCACUCUCUUCCCUUCAUUAAUGCAUUCCACAAUCCCACCAAUUCUCUUCAAACCCAUUUAAUGUUUUUUGGUCACAAAUAUUCUACUUCAAUUCCAAAACAACAGGAUUUUCUUGUCACACCCACAUCCUUAUAUUACAAACACUAACCUUAAACCUUCAAAACCUUAAUGUUUGUGUUUCUUGAACACUACUCAUACAAACAAAAAAACAUAAACAACAGAGACAUAAGACAUUCCUUUAAUUUACAACGUUAAUGGUUCCUUCUUAUAGACUUGAGUCAGAGUUCGCAUGAGACAACAGUGCAACACCAAGUGAAGUUUAACAACUUGUCAUCAUUGAAGAUUUAAAGUGUUACAUGCAGAUGAAACUGAGAUUACAAAGAGAAAGGUGAAGUGAAGUUUGUGAGAGAUGGAAAUGAAAAUGAAGCGAGGAAUAACAGUGAGUGUUGUUAUGGUGAUGUUGUUUUUGUUAGUUGAUUUAACAAUGAGUUUGAGUUUGAGUUCAAGAACUGAAUGGUUUGCGUUAUUGGAGCUUCGUUCAUCAAUGGGGAUAAGGGGAAAAGAGUGGCCUAAAAAAACCGAUCCGUGUCGGAACUGGACCGGUGUUGAAUGCCGGAAUGGUCGAGUUGUGGGUAUCAGUGUAUCCGGGUUGAAGAGGACUCGGUUUGGUCGACUUAACCCGGAUUUUGAAGUGGAUUCUCUUGCAAACUUCACACUGUUGAAGUCUUUCAAUGCUUCUGGGUUCAUGCUUAUUGGGUCUAUUCCUGAGUGGUUUGGUGAGAAACUUGGUGCACUGCAAGUACUUGAUUUAAGGUCUUGUUCAAUAAGUGGUGAGAUUCCUGGUUCACUUGGGGGUUUGAGUAGUUUGAAGGUUUUGUUUCUUUCAGGGAAUAAUCUUACUGGUAGAGUUCCUUCAAAUUUGGGGUUGUUAUCUAGUCUUUUUAUUCUUGAUCUCUCUGGGAAUUUGCUUUCAGGAUCAGUUCCUGAUUCUUUCUCUAAGCUUGGUAACCUUACAAGUCUUGAUCUUUCAAAUAAUUACUUAUCUGGGUCUAUUCCACCUGAAUUGGGUACCCUUUCAAAUCUCCAAAAUUUGGACCUUUCUAAUAAUGCAUUCACUGCUUUGGUUCCUUCUCAGCUUGGUAAUCUUUCAAAGUUGGUUGAGCUUAAUCUUAGUAUGAAUUCUCUUUCUGGGUCGUUGCCAGAUAGUUUGUUUUCUUCUAGACUUUCUGCUCUUAAAGUUAUGAUUUUGAGUAGAAAUUCCAUUAGUGGUUCUCUUCGUGAUGGUUUGUGGUCAAUGCCAAGCUUGCACUUUUUUGAUGUAUCAGGAAACAAUCUCACUGGUCCACUGCCUAAAGCGUCUGGUUUAAAUAUUAGCUCUAACAACGGUGACAUAUUCAAUCUAUCAAACAAUUUCUUUUAUGGACCUGUGAAUGGUUUGAUGAACAAGUUUAAAAUGAUUGAUUUGUCUGGUAAUUAUUUAGAAGGUCAUGUGCAAGACGACAGCGGUGCUUUCAGUAAUGUUAAUCUGGCUAGAAAUUGCCUACAGAUAAUUUCAAACCAGAGGGAUUUGGAAGAGUGUAGACUGUUUUAUGAACAGAAAAAUUUACUCUUUCAAGAACCCAAGUCCAGGAAAAACAAACGAUUGAUAUUCAUACUGGCAGGUAUAUUUGGUGGCCUUGGCUUUAUUGUGUUACUGGUUUUGGUCCUCAUAUUGGUUCUAAAACGAUGUCAUAAAAGUAAAGGUUUGGAAAUUGAAAGAGGGACCACUAAUGAGGGGCCUAUUCCAGAAGGGGAAAGUUCUACACCUAAAGAUCCUAUCGUUGUAACUGCCGUGGGAGAAACAUUUACUUUUGAACAAAUCCUCCAUUUAACUGGCAAUUUUGAUGAAGUAAACUUAAUAAAGCAUGGUCAUUCUGGAGACUUUUUCUGGGGAGUGUUGGAAAAUGGAACAACUGUGGUUGUCAAAAGGGUAGAUUUAAGUUUAUUUAAGAGAGAAUCUUACAUCGUAGAAUUGGGAUUAUUAAGCAGAGUUUCACAUGCAAGAUUGGUCCCAAUCCUGGGACAAAGCAUGGAUAAUAAGAAAGAUAAAUGUGUAGUUUACAAGUAUAUGCCAAAUGGAGAUUUGGCUACUUCCUUGCACAGAGUGAGUGGUCCAGAUGAUAAAUUGCAGUCCCUGGAUUGGAUCACAAGAUCGAAAAUUGCAAUAGGAGCUGCUGAAGGACUAGCUUAUCUACACAAUUGCAGCCCACCCCUUGUUCACAGAGAUAUCCGAGCUAGUAGUAUACUUCUUGAUGAUAAAUUUGAAGUGCGACUUGGAAGUUUGAGUGAGGUUACUGCCCAAGGAGAUGUUCAUCAGAGUGUCAUCUCAAGAGUUUUCAGCAAGCCAAUAUCUUCUAAUCAAGGCAAUUCUGGUAAAUCAACUGUGACAUGUGCCUAUGAUGUUUAUUGUUUUGGGAAGAUUCUAAUCGAACUUGUGACCGGUAAUAUUGACAUCAGUGAAUCAGAAGAUGCUACCACAAAAGAUUGGUUAGACCAAACCUUGCGUUACAUCAGCAUAUUCGAUAAAGAACGGUUGAGUAAGAUUGUUGACCCAUCUUUGAUAGUGGAUGAGGAUCUAUUGGAAGAGGUAUGGGUUAUGGCAAUUGUGGCCAAGUCAUGCCUGAAUCCUAAGCCUUCCAAACGUCCUCCAAUGAAACAUGUCCUCAAAGCACUUGAAAAUCCACUGAAGAUUCUCAGAGAAGAAAGUUUUAGCUCAGCAAAGUUGAGAACAACUUCAUCUAAUAGAUCUUGGAGCACUGCAUUCUUUGGUAGCUGGAGACAUAGCUCAUCAGACAGUGCUGCAACCACAAUACAUACAAAUAAGGAAGGGUCUAGUGGCAUUAAACAAGCAGGAAAAGUAGGGUCUCAUGGUAGUGGUGGCAAUGAUCACUCAUCUUCCAAUAAAAGGUCAUCCAAUGAGAUUUUCCCUGAACCAUUGGAAAUGCAAGACAUGGAGAAUGGAGAGACAAGAUGAAACACUUAGGAAAUGGACUUGGUUAUUCUUUUAUUGGAGAGGUUUUACCUCUUUUCUUGAUAAUUAUUACUUGCGCCAGAGCAAGUGCUCGUUAUUGGAAUAUCAACCUCAUUACCUAGGUUGAAUCCAUAACGGUCCAUCACCACCAAGUUGAAGUAAUUAAAAACCAUGCUGCUACAGUUAAUCACAGUGUUUGCCUUCUUAAGCUGAUUAAGCAGUACGCCUUGAGAUUCUGGUACCUAAACAGCUCCUAAUUUUACACAUUCACCCUAUUUGUGCUUUACUCAUUCACCCUAUUUGUUUAAAGCGCACACCUUUGUUCGUACGUUGAUGAAUGUGUGAAAGAUUGUAAAAAAAAAAAAAAAAAACAAUAAGAGGGCUUUCAUUUUGUGAGGAAUUGGAAAGGGAGAAAAACUUUGUUUCUAAUAGAAUUUUAUUUUUAGGCAGGUAACUAUGUAUCUAAGGGUCUAUUUGUGAAGUCCAGAAAACAAUCUUAAACUAAUAGUCCUGUUUUGUAACUAUAGUGUUUGGUAAUUGUUUUUCUCACGAGUUUAUAAUGUUUUUUUCCCAAA